UGAAAAAUGUUUGCAAAGAAAACAAAACAAAAUAAUCAAAACAUUUGAAAGAAAACAUGAAUUCAUUAUUCAAUUCAAACAAUUUGUGGUCAUUUAUAACAAGACAUCACAUCUCAAGACAUUGGUUCUCAACGGGGCGUCAGUUGUGGUCACAAACGGGUGAUCACAACGAAGAGGUGGUCGAAGACAAUGCCGUCGAAGUUGAGAGACAUUUCGACGAUCUGUCGGUCAAACAGUUUGAAUGUUUGGCCAAAACCGCGGAUCAGAUGAAUGACAUCGAAAUGAUAUUGUCUUCGUAUGAAUACACGAAGUAUGAGACACAAGAAGUGCCCUCAAGUCUGACACUCAAUGAUAUGAAACAACUAAUGGGUCUGAAGAGCGGCGGCCAACGGAAUAGUUAUAUGAACUUUCUGUACCAGAAGGAGAUCCAAUCGAUUCACUCCAAGAGAUUGAGAGACAUUCGCAAGACAUUGAAAGAGAAGGAAUUGAGUGAUAAGUGGAUCCAUAUGAAGGACAAACGGACCGGUCUUCUCGAUGAUAACGGAGACAUUGUUUACGGUUUGUGGCACAACAGUCUCUUCACCCGAAUAUCUCCGGCAAAUAUACGCCGAUAUUCUGUCCAUCGGUUGCGAAGCGCAGCCCUUUUUGGCCAAAAUAUUGUGUUUGACUUGAGUUGUGAUCCACAGAUGAGUCAAACGAAUUGCGCGAAGAAAUUGAGACAAUUAGUGAACGCCUAUCAGACAAAUCGGUUCUCAUUUUCUCAACCAUUUAAUUUGCAUUUUGCAAACAUUGACUAUAAAAGUAUGGUUUGGGAUGCGGUUCAAGAGAACCAAUUGGUGGCAAACUAUCCGCACUUUUUGUCCGCAUUUACCCCAAAGUCAUACUUAGAUCUGUUUGACAGAAAAGAUUUGGUAUAUUUGUCGCCCAAAGCGGACAGAGAUCUGGAGUACGAGUCCAACAAAACAUAUAUAAUAGGUUUCGGCGACGAAUACUAUACGAAAGAUGUGACUCGAGUUAAGUCACGCAAUGAAAAGAUUGCAAUGAGAAGACUACCAAUAGAUCGGUACUGUUUGUGGAGUAAAGGCUCCAAAGACUUGUACUCUAGUGUUGUGCUCAGUAUUCUCAAUGAUAUGAGUGAAGGCAUCGGUUGGCAGAAAGCAUUUGAACGAAAUAUUUCUAAAAGUCGCUUCAAAACCGAUGAGGAGAUCGAAGCCGAAAAGUUAUAUCGUAUGAAUAAAAUGAAUCGUAAGAAUAAAAUGCGACAACGAUUCAAUGAUUCCGCAAUGAUUUAUAAAUAGUCAAUUAUUGUUAUACUGUAUAGUAUUUAA